AUGUCUGCUCAGAUAAAUAAUCGAUAUAUAGCGAAAUUCGAAGAAUUAGAACAAAUUCAAGAGAAGCUAGCCUAGACUUCAUAAAGAACUCGUAAUAUAUCCUCAGACAGAUAGUAAACAAAUGGAAUCAACGUCCCUGAAGUUAAGAGUAGUAGAAAUAGUGAAAAAUAAUCUUAAUCUGUCGAAAAAUGUAUAUUCAUAAAGUUAUCUCAUUUAAGUCCUGAAUCUCAGACAAUAAAAUCAAAACGUAGACAAUUUGAUAAAUUCAUGGAAACAAUAAAAAACUCAUUCUGUUUCUCUCAAUCAAGGUACAAUAGCAGGAAGCAUCAUACGUAAUUCAUUAUCUAAUAUUAGAGGAAUCUCCUGAACAUGAAAGUCCUUAGACCAAGCCUGGCACAUAUCCUCAUUUAAUCUUAGAAGAGGAUGAAUAAUAGCAGUUUCUAGAAUCGGUCUCUUCAGUCCAACCAACCAUUUAAAACAAAGCUAUAGGCAAAGUCCCAAGUACUACCAAAUCAACUCUUAAGGAUUAAGGUAUCUUACUAUUUUAUCAUUAAAAGUGAAUAACGAAAAGAAAAAAUCAGUAGUAUAUUCUAAAGAUGCCAACAUUUUUGCUAAUUCGCAACAAUAAACAAUAUCUCAACAAAAUCAAGCUCUUAUUUAAAAGAAGACUACUACUAAUGUCAGACCAUAAACAUCUAAGGUCCAACCUCAACCUACUCCUAGUCAAGUUGCAUAAAAAAAAGCUGUCUAAUCGAAAUAAAUUAAUAUGAAAAUGUCCUAAGAAAUCGUUGCAGAUGGUAAUCAUCUCUCAUAUUAUAAGUCCCAUAAACUCCAUCGUAACAAAAAAUGAAAUAAAGUUCAUUAUUAGAAAAAACUAGAUAAGUUAAAAUGAAUUAGACAUCCACUAAAGCAUAAACUAAGUCUAAUUAAACCAGUUAAGGUGAAGAAAAGAUUUUGAUUUCAUAAAUCUAGAAAGUCAAAGAAACCAUACUUAAAUUAUAUGAAUAAAAAUUUGAACAUUAAAUGUCACAUUCUUCAAGUAAUAUAGCAAAGUAUUUAAUAUUAUCAACUAUUUAGAAAUUUUGAUUUAAUUGUAAAUACCAUGAAACUCGAUUUUCGCUGUUUAGAAAAUGAUUGA